CCAAGCUCCUGCUGCUGAGGCUGCCUCAGUCUCUCAGUCAGCUCGGCGCAGGGGACGCGGGGGACGGAGGCUGCCUCAGUCAGCUCGGCGCAGGGGACGCGGGGGACGGAGGCUGCCUCAGUCUCUCAGUCAGCCUCCCCCAAUGUCCAAGCUCAUCCUUCACGGCGUUCCCGUCUCUCAGCCCUUCCGGUCGGUGCUGUGGGCCACCAAAAUCAAGGGCCUGCCGCUCACGCUGCAGACCGCCGUCCCGCCAAAGCACACGACCACGGAUAAGUUCAAGGCGCUCAACCCUCGAGGCACCAUUCCGGUCCUCGAGGACGGCGACUUUGCGAUGUGCGAGGGCCCGGCGAUCCUCGCCUACCUCGCUGAUACGCACGGCUGGGACGACCUCUACCCGCGCGAGCCGCAGCAGCGGGCGCGGGUCCUCGAGGCGCUGUCGUGGACGGUCGGGACGCUCCGGCCAGCCACGUCUCGCAUCAUCGGCCCUCUCAUGCGGCCGGACGUUGCGAAGCGGAUGGCGGAGAGCCCGGGCCUGGGAGCCUCCAUCUACGCAGGCCCUGCGGACAGCGCGGGCGGGCUCUCCCACGUCCUCACCUCGCUCGAGGCGGUGCUGGAGCACAGGCCCUUCCUCGCCUCUGCCGGCGCGACCAUCGCCGACCUCUCCGCCUACUGCGAGCUCGGACAGCUGCAGCCUGCCCUCUUCUCCGAUCCCGCCACUGGAUUGCCUCUCUUCGACUUUUCGCCGUUUGCGCGCACGACGGCGUGGCUCGAUCGCAUGCGCGCGCAGCCCCACCACGACGAGGUGCACGCGCCGCUCCGCGAAUUCUGCUUACACUUGACCAAGAAGGCGGCGAAAGCAAAGGCAGGAUGACGACACUAGCUAGUACAAUCCUCAAUCGUGUGACU